CCUUUUGGCAUCAUGAAUCUGGAAGAUCCGCGGAUCCGAAUGCAGCUAUUUCAAAAGUACUGAGCAUUCUUUUCUCUGUAUGUGUUGUAAGAGCUGUUCUUGUCACAGGAAUCUCUUCAAUCAUCAUAGAUUGGACCAUGGCCAGCCAGCUGCUACGCGAAGGGUCAGGGGUGGCGGUCCUUGGAGGAAGUAUGUCGGGGUUGUCAGAGCGAGCCGUUCGUGCUGGGGGGCAAUGUCUGAAUCAUCUAAGAUUGCGGACAAAGCACAAGCGGAUCAAGGUGCAGGGCAAAGCAUUGGCAGGCAGACCGCAUGCUAGGAAUGGACCUGGUUGCCAUCUAGGUUCAAGGUUUGGCUGCAACAGGAGGUGCUCGGACGGUCAGCAUUUAACGCUGGUCCCUUGUGUCAGAGGGCUCUCGAUGCACUGGCCCCUGCUCUUCGAGGGAGCACAGGUAUCUGACAAUGCACUAGGCAUCUGCAGAGCGCGAAAUCUGGGUUCUUUGAGCCGGAGAGGUGCAUUAGGAAGUCCGAGAACCGGGAAUGGCAAGUCUAGGCAAUUGCAGCGUUGCUGGUCACAUGAAGCUGCCAGGAUUAAGUUGUGCUGUUCCGCAAGCAUACCGCACCACCCUCGGUCGGCGCUGCAGGACGAAGUAGACGGUUCUGCAGCUCAGAAUGCUCAAAGGGUUACUACACGAUUGGAAUUCAAGCAUGGUGGUCAGCAAACCGGAGAAAGCUCGGUUUCUGAAGCAGGUUUAGGGAGGCGGGCUCUGCUGGGUCUCCUGGCAGGCACUUUCGUCGGCAGUGGUGUCGCUGAGGCCACCUCUGUGGAUCCAGAAGUUUGUACAAGCGGAGGUUCGACAGUGCAGGCUGAUCACAGCCCUGGUGAUGCCGAACCGAGCGGGAGGGAAUGCCUGGAGGAGAGGAGUCUGGCUAGCGCCUUUCUCGCCUUCCAAGCAAGUGGUAUAUAUGGUCCCACGGAGUACCUUUUCUCCGGAGGAAGUGCUGCUUUGCUGCCCUCAGCAAUCUUGUUGCUCGGGGUGUGUCUGGUGACUCCAGUGGGGAAGGAGCUGUUGCGCAGUAUGCGGCCUGGCAGCGGCAGGGCCGUGACGGGCGCUGCGCUAGGAAAGGCGGCAACUGCAGCGCCGAGCGUGUCGGCAGCGGCCACCUCUUUGGAGGAGGCAUACAAUGCGGCUUCUCAAGUUAAUGGAUACAAGUGCGCAGGACCGGUUGUCAUGGAGUCUAUCCGGCCCACUCUGGAAGAGACCCGUCGGUUGCUGCGCGACUUCGAGGGGCUGAGUGCAGACAUGGCGGCGGCGGGGGUGGAUGUUGAGGCGCUGGCGGGCAAGCUGCGGAGCCUGCAGGGGUCGCUGGACGCCUGCUCCGAUGCGGGGGAAAGGAUGUCAGUGGCGGCGGGGGUCCUCGCUGAGGUGGGGGCCGCAUCUGGCGGAGAGGAAAGGCGCGUGGCGAUCUGUCGCGUGCUCCUGCAGAAGAACGACAGCUUGCGACUGACGGAUCCUGUGCCAGAGCUGGAUGCAACUACGGUGGCUUGGCUGGAGCAGUACCUGGAGCGGGCAAGGGUGGAGCCGGCCACUAGUUACCUCAACGGCAGUGCCCCAAAUGGGCAUGCAGCCGCCAGUACCCCCACUGCCAGCCACAGCAGCACAGUGGAACAUCUGAAUCGUGCGUUGCACAAACCCCCAGUAAAGCACCCCGUCUGGAAAAACCCAAUCGACCCCGAUGAAGAAGCCGCAACGCAGCCUGAGCCAGAUGACCAUGGCCCGAAUGGCUCUGCAAACGGGGUUGCAGUAGAGCAAUCGGUGAAGGACGCUUUGGGUGCUGAAGUAAGUGCUGAGAGCGGAUCGAGCAACGGGCUUCUCGUGCUUGAGGAAGAAGAAGACCAGGCUAGGCGGGAGGCUCCUGCGGGGCCCUCAGAGGGAAGCAGUAAAAGCGGAGCGGAGAACUCGCAGAACAGUGCUGAGAAUGGGAGUGUUGGCAGCAGCCUUGGGGGCGUGCUGGCAGAAGGUCCCAAUGAAGACAGUGUUAGCGUAGAGAGGGGGAAGGCUGGGGUGACAUUAGGCGUGGCUGUCCUGGAGCGGCCCGUUGAAAAGGAGGACGCAAGGUUGAUGACACGGGGAGGAUUUCUCGCGGAAUAUCGGCACUGCUUGCAGAAGAGGAGGGCUAAGGAGUGCAUAGACAUCAUAGAGGCAGGACAGCAGGCAGGACUUCUAAAUAUCAAGAAGCACGUGUCGCACCAGCGUGUGCUGCAGCUGUGCGCUUCCCAGCCAGACGCUGCUCUGAGUGUACGCUUCCUCAAGCUGUUCCGCGCGCCCACGCUCACCCUGCUGACCUCCGUCAUGGGGGUUUGUGCUCAGAAGGCCGAUGUGGAUCGUGGUUUCGACGUGCUGGCCGUGGCGCACGGCGCGAGGGUGGUCCCAGACUGCCAUCUGUACACGGGGCUCAUCACCACCUGCAUGAACGCCAGGAGGCUGGACCUUGCGUUCAAGGUGUUCCACGACAUGGAGGCUGCGGGCGUGGAGCCGAACCGGUACACGUUUGCCGCGCUCAUCCACGGCUGUGCGGAAGUGCGCCAGGUGGCCAAGGCCUUCGGAGCCUACAGCAUCAUGCUCAAGAAGAACAUCAAGCCCGACCAAGCAGUCUUCAACUCGCUGAUCAACGCGUGUGGCCGGUCCGGGGUGGUCGCGCGAGCGUUCGACGUGUAUGGCGACAUGGCGAUACAGGGUCUGAAGCCGGACGCCAUCACGCUCGGCACGCUCGUCAAUGCAUGCGCACAAGCGGGAGAGCUGGAGCGCGCGAUAGAGAUCUAUGCGGGGAUGGUGGAGGGCGGCGUGAUGCCGUCCAGGGAGGUGUACACGUCGCUGGUGCAUGCCUGCAGCAAGGACGGGGACGUGGCAAAGGCGCUCGCCAUCUAUGCAGACAUGCGCGCAGCAGGCAUCAUGCCCGACGAGGUGGUGUUCAGCGCUCUGAUCGACGUGGCGGGCCAUUCAGGCCAGCUGGACGUAGCACUGUACCUGCUCACCGAGAUGCGAGUUGCGGGCGUGCCAAUCGGUGCCGUCACUUAUGGAGCGCUCAUCGGCAUGUUCGGAAAGGCGGGCAUGAUCCCCGAGUCGGAGCGGCUAUUCGACCAGAUGCAGGCGGAGGGCAUUGUGCCGUCGGCGGCCAUUUACAACGCGCUGAUCGGCGUGAAGGGCCGCGCGGGGCACCUCUCAGAGGCGCUGGCCCUGCUAGACGACAUGCGCAGCCGCGGUGUCAAGCCUGACAGGAUCACCUACUCCUCCCUCCUGCACGCAUGCGCCUCUAAGAAGGAGGCCGACCAGGCGUUCGAGCUGUAUCACAUGGCUCUUGCAGAGGGCAUCCCGCCAUUCCUCACAGCCUGCAAAGUGCUCACUGAGAUUUGUGCGAACCAGAUCUGGUCCAAUGCGGGCGCGCCUUCUCCGGCGACCAGUGUGGGCCCUUGGGCCUGGGAGGUUGCCAAGCAGCCCCCGCGCACCCAGUGGGCGUACCGCGCGCUGCAGGUCUACCGGGAGACCGUUGCCGCAGGCGUGCGCGUGCCCGUCGGCACGUUCUCGAUGCUGCUGGGCUGCUUCAAGCUGCCCGCCACGCCCGGCCCGACCAUCACGUCCGUGUGGCGCGCCAGCAGGAGGGCCCCCGGAAAGCGCUCGCGCGGGCGGCAGCCCACCGGGGAGGGGCUGUUCACGGACGACGGCGCGGGGCUGUACAGCCCGGGGGCGGUGGCGCUGUACGAGGAAGUGGCGGCGAAAGUCAGCAUGCCGCAGUGCAGCAUGGCGGGGCCCGCCACGCUGGACAUGACGUACCUGCCGCCCAACGCGGCGGAGGUGUGCGUGCUGGCCAUGAUCAAGAGGGUCCGGCUCAAGCAGGCAGCAGGCGCGGCUGCCAAGCUGUACCCCAUCACGCUCAAGCUGAAGACGCAUUUGGAGCCGUCGCCCAACAAGGAGAUGGAGGGCCACAUGAUCCACAUCUCCUCCAGGAGCGCGAUUGCGGUGGGGUCGUUGCUGCGGCGGCUGCAGCUGCGCUUCGACGGCCACGAGAGCAGUGGCUCUAUCACCAUCUCGGCGGCCAGCCUGCGGCGCUGGCUGCGGCCGCCCGUGCCGCGGGGCCGCAAGCUCAACUUCGUGGAACAGCAGCGGGCCAUCCGGCUGGGCCAGAAACUGCCGCAGAGGGGCGGGCCCCGGGGAGGCACGCCGGCACCCAGAGCCGCGAGCAACGCGAGCAAGCCGUCGUGGUAUCCCAAGAUCGGGGGGUGGCAGACGAGCGAGGGCUACGGCACGGCGUUCAGCGACGAUGACACUGAGGACGACGAGGUAAACUAAGGGGCAGCUAGUUUGAAUGAGAAUUAGGUAGGCAGCCACCAUUCUGGCUUCUAGUAAGAGGUCGAGUUAGAUGUUGGGCUCGUACGAGCCCGCACGUGUUGCAUCCGCGCCUUCCAAGG